AGCGAUUUCCUUCUGACGGCAAGCGUCUGAAUUAUUUGAUGUAACAAGUAUCAACAAAUAAAUUUUAGAAGUGGGAAUUCAUUAUUCUAACGCGCAAAGUCUAAAAUAAUGACAAAUUAUGUUCCAUCUCAAGUAUUUGCAUCAAUAAGCACUAGAGAUAACCAGCAGCUGCCAAAAACGCAAGGGAUAUUUCCACCACAAAGAGAUAACAUGUUUUCUAGCAUGUUAAAUGUGCCUGAAAACUUUCCAAGUAAAGGGAUAGACAAAACAGAUAGACUGAUAAAAGUGACAGCUGUAGGAGAGGUUUCUUUACCACCAGACAGAUGUAGAGUAACUACUAAAAUUCACAGCAUUAAGGACAAUGUCCAAGAUGUAAAAAACAGCAUACAGAGGCGCCUUGACUAUGUUCUUCAAACAUUACAAAACCAUGGUGUCAAGGAAAGUGAUAUUCAGGUUCACAAGUCGAUGAGAAGAUCAGAGAGUAUGUAUGAUAUGACAACAGAAAUAAUUGUUGUGUUUCUUGAUUUCCACAAGUGUCAGACUGCAUGUAACCUGCUGGUAGAAAAGUUAGACGAAACUGUCAGUGUGGGAAUGCCAGAGUUUUAUCAUGCAGGAACAACUCUAGAAACUCUUAGACAACAAGCCAGUCUUCUGGCUGUCCAUAAUGCUAAACAAAAAGCUCAGGAAAUGGCAAAGUUUGUCCACCAGGCAGUUGGUAAACCUAUCUGCAUACAGGAGGAGGAGUCAAAGGAGUGGGAGGGUCAAAUAGAGGGUGUAGCUGAGGUUGAAACACACCCAACAGUACAGCAAAGAAUUUCACAAGCCACAGUGACAGUGUCCUGUAGAGUUAAUGUGACUUUUGAACUGAAGCCAAAAGUUAAAAAUAAGUCAGCAUCAUGAAAGUUAAUAUGAUAUUGUAUUGUUUUGAUAGACACUUUAAAUGACAGUUUGUAUGGCUAAAUUCAGUUAUUAUUUUCAUACUGAUAGAAAUCUUGUAUAUUCAUGAACUAUUUCUGGAAUAAGGUGUACUUCUUCAUAUAGAAAUAUAUUUCAACACAUAAAACAUAACAUUUAUGUCAACUUUGUUUUCAGUAAAUGGAUGGAACGGAACAUUGUGGACCUGAGUAAUAUUAAGUUAAAAGUCUUGAAAUGUUAGGCCUGAAACCAACUUACCUUAAGGUAUUAGAUCACUAAUAGAGAACCUCCUUUCUGAAGAGUAUUCAAUUCCUACUAUAAACCUACUUUUACUGCAAUUCUUAGGGGUGCGUAGGUUCAAGCCCUACUGGGACCAAAUUUUUUUUCCUUAUUUUCCUUUUUUUUCUAGUAAGUUUUUACUUCUUUCAAGACUUAUUAUUGAUUUCUUGUACAAAAAUUGAAAAAGAUGAAUCUUAUAAUCGAUUUCUUGGUGUUCAAAGUGAAUUUACUACUUAAACAGAAGGGGUAGAGUUGCACAUCUUUAAAAAUAUUGAGUUACACACGGUGAAAGUUCUCUAUUUUGCUUUCACUCUUAGAUUAUAUAUUGUGGAAGAAAUUUAGGUAGGUUUUACGUCUGCCCUAAGGUUAUUAGCCCACCAUCAUCAGAUGGUGGGCUAUUCAAAUCACUGCGUCCGUGGUCCGUCGUCCUUCCGUCCGUCCGUCCGUCCGUCCUUCCAUCCGUUAACAAUUUCUCGUUAUCGCAUCUCCUCAGAAACUACCUGGGGGAUUUUGACCAAACUUUGUCAGAAUGAUGUAUUGGUACCCUAGUUGUGUCCCCCUGAAAAUCAGACUGGUUCAACAAUUUUUUAGUAAGUUAUGGCCCUUUGUUUAUUUCUAUAAUUUACAUAGAUUUAUAUAGGGAAAAACUUUGAAAAUCUUCUUGUCCAAAACCACAGAGACUAGGGCUUUGAUAUUUGGUAUGAAGCAUCAUCUAGUGGUCCUCUACCAAGAUGAUUCAAAAUAUUUCCUUGGGGUCUAAUAUGGCCCCGCCCCGGGGGUCACAUGGUUUAUAUAGACUUAUAUAGGGAAAAACUUUGAAAAACCUCUUGUUCAAAACCACACGGCCUAGGGCUUCGAUAUUUUGUAUAUGACAUCAUCUAGUGGUCUUCUACUAAGAUUGUUCAAAUUAUCCCCCUAGAGUCAAAUAUGGCUCCGCCCCGGGGGUCACAUGGUUUACAUAGACUUACAUAGGGAAAAACGUUGAAAAUUUUCUUGUCCAAACCACAAAGCCUAGGGCUUUGGCAUUUGUAAUGUAGCAUCAUCUAGUGGUUCUCUACCAAGUUUGUUCAAAUUAUCCCCCUAGAGUCAAAUAUGGCCCCGCCCUGGGGGGUCACAUGGUUCAUAUAGACUUAUAUAGGGAAAAGAUUUUAAAAUCUUCUUGUCAAUAACCUACAACAUUCAAAUUUGGACCACAUGUAUGGUUUUGAGUGGCAAGAUGAACCUUGACAUGAGUUGACCUUGAUUUUGACCUAGUGACCUACUUUCACAUUUCUGUAGCUACAGCCUUCAAAUUUGGACCACUUGCAUAGUUUUGUGCACUGAAAAAAACUUUGACCUUGACUUUGACCUAGUGACCUACUUUCACAUUUUUGAAGGUACAGGCUUCAAAUUUGGACCACAUGCAUAGUUUUGUGUUCCGAACUGGAAUUUGACCUUGGUUUUGACCUACUGACCUACUUUCACAUUUCUCAAGCUACAGCCUUCAAAUUUGGACCACAUGCAUAGUUUUGUGUACCGAAACAAACUUUGACCUUUACAUUGACCUAGUGACCUACUUUCACAUUUUUGAAGGUACAGGCUUCAAAUUUGGAACACAUACAUAGUUCUGUGUUCCGAAAUGAACUUUGACCUUAAGAUUGACCUAGUGACCUACUUUCUCAUUUCUGUAGCUACAGGCUUCAAAUUUAGACCACAUGCAUAGGAUUGUGUACCGAAACAAACUUUGACCUUGACAUUGACUUAGUGACCUACUUUCACAUUUUUGAAGGUACAGGCUUUAAAUUUGGACCACAUGCAUAAAUUUGUGUUCUGAAGUGUAAUUUGACCUUGAUUUUGACCUAGUGACCUACUUUCACAUUUCGUCCUUGAAAUUGAUCUAGUGACCUACUUUCACAUUUCUCAAGCUACAGCUUUCGAAUUUGGACCACAUACACAGUGUUGUGUACGGAAAUGAAAUUUGACCUUGAGCUAGUCAGUAAGUCUUGAAAUUUGGAACACUCAAAAAUGGCACAUUGGUGGGCGCCAAGAUCACUCUGUGAUCUCUUGUUUUUAAAUGGCGUAAGCAAAAUUCAAAACAGAAACACAGCAUUCGACCUUAUAUUUUCAAUGUUGAAGUAUAAAUUCUGUCUCAUUAAAUCCGCUUACUUGAGGCAUCAUAGAAAAAAUGAUAUGUACAUUUUUAUUUUGUGUUUUAUAAUUGUUUACCAAUAGUGUGAUGUUUCUUUUAUUAAAAUUAAUGGUAAAAUGAGUUCUCUGCAAACGUUUUGGAUAGUGGCUAUCACUUUGAAAUUUGUCUCUACUUGAGCAUGAGGAGAUACCAUAAGUUAUUCAAAAUUUAUAAAAAACGGCACGGUAAAAGUUGUUUAAAAAUUGCAAAAUAGUGCAAAACACGGUUACCUCUAAGAAUAUACCAAGCAAAGGCCAUUUUGUAAACAUUACUAUUAGUGCUCUAAUACCUUAACUUUCAUUAAUUUUUAUUCUGCUGAAGUUUUGUUUACUGAUACCCAUGGUGCUGGACAAUUAUCAAUAAUAAAGGGAUAUGACAUCAGAAUAUCAAAAUUGAAAAAAUGUUAAUAUAAUAAAAAGAAUCAUAAAUCUUUUUCUAGAUCAAUUACCAACCUCACUGGGUCAAGACCCAUAACUCUGACAUGUUUUUUGAGCAAAUUAUGCCCCCUUUUAGACUUAGAAAAUUUUGGUUAAAGUUUUAUAUGCAAGUUAUUAUCUCCAAAACUAAUGCAGAUAUUGAUUUGAAACUUCACAUGUGUCUUCGGGGUUAUAAAACUAGUUGAUAGCAGCAAGUCCCAUAACUCUGACCUUCAUUUUGGCCAAAUUACGCCCCCUUUUGGACUUGGCAAAUUCUGGUUACAGUUUUGUGUGCAAGAUCAAUUACCAACCUCACUGGGUCAAGACCCAUAACUCUGACCUUCAUUUUGGCCAAAUUACGCCCCCUUUUGGACUUGGCAAAUUCUGGUUACAGUUUUGUGUGCAAGAUCAAUUACUAACCUCACUGGGUCAAGACCCAUAACUCUGACAUGUUUUUUGAGCAAAUUAUGCCCCCUUUUAGACUUAGAAAAUUUUGGUUAAAGUUUUACAUGCAAGUUACUAUCUCCAAAACUAAUGCAGAUAUUGAAUUGAAACUUCACAUGUGCCUUCGGGGUUAUAAAACUAGUUGAUAGCAGCAAGUCCCAUAACUGAUAUGUAUUUUGGUCAAAUUAUUCCCCCUUUUGAACUUAAAACUCUUUUGAUAUUUAACCUUUUUGGGUAAUAUUUUCCUGCUUCUUGGACAAUAUUUCGAAUAGUCGAGCUUGGCUGUCUUACGGACAGCUCUUGUUUAUUUUGAAAUGGGUUCUUGUCCAAACAGAUUGCUGUAUUGUACAGGACAAUGUUAAGUAACCAGCUAAGUUCCUUCUGUUUACAUUAAAAAAUUACUUCGGUCUUACAAAGCAGAAUAUUUUUCUAGAAUGAUACAGAAUGUACAUGAUCAGUUUUAUUUAAGAUGUACUAUACUGAUCUUUCACUAAGAUAUUUUAUCAACAGAUUUAUUACUUAAGUCUAGAAAAUCCUCAUCAGAUAUAUACAUGUAUUACAAUUUGCCUAAUAUGUAAACUAAAUGUGUUUAUAGAGCUGCAGUCACAAAUGUCAUAUCUAGUAAUAGCUAUUUGUUAAAAGUAUCCAGUUAUUUAGUCAAAUUAGAGGCAUAGAUAAGAGGUUGAUCAUGACCAGCAGAUAAUCCCUAUUGAUUUUGAGGUCAGUAGGUCAAAGGUCAAGGUCACAGUGACCAGGAACAGUUAAACGGUUUCCUGAUGACAACUCGAGAAUGCUUGGGCCUAGGUGAUUGUUAAAAAAAAAACAAGCUUUUUUAGUGGUAGUACACAUUUAUACUGGUUUAUACAUGUAUACAGUGUGUACUAUUUUAAACCUAUUUCCAGAAGUUUCCCUGGUUCUUUAGCACCCAUACACUGGACACAUCCCAAUGUUAGUAAUUUUAGUUUGCGCAGCUGGGGCUCUAACUCACAACCCCUUAUUUCAUAGUCAGACAGUGUAACUUCAUCCACACUUGCAAACUAUAAGCCAAGAAACACUAUAGAAUAUAUGAUGGUAAAAGUAGCAUGUAGUAGAGAAACAUGCAUACAUAUAUUUAACAAUAUCAAGUUAUUUACAAUGCAUAUUUAUCCUAUGCAUUAAUUGCUGUUAUCAACAAGUAAAGGUCUUGAAUAUAUUUUUUUUUCUACACAUUCUUUAAUAAAUUGUAAAGUAAAUGAUCAUUUCUAUUCAAUAAGAACAUUCCACAGAUUGGAACAAAUGGUCCUAUACAUGUAUUUGCUAUAUAUUUAUAAUAUGUGUCUUCGGGGUUAUAAAACUAGGUGAUAGCAUCAAGUCCCAUAACUCUGACAUGCAUUUUGGCCAAAUUAUGCCCCCUUUGGACUUAGAAAAUCCUGGUUAAAGUUUUGCAUGCAAGUUACUGUCUCAAAAAAUAAUGCAAAUACUGAAUUGAAACUUCAAACAUUUCUUCGGGUUUAUAAAACUAGGCCUGGCGGCAAGUGAUUCUGCCUUUGUGACCAGUGCAGACCAAGAUCAGCCUUCACAUUUGUGCAGGCUGAUCAUGGUCUGCACUGUUCGUUAUUCAGUCAGUAAAUUUUCAGUAAACACCCCUUUGAAUAAUAAUUGGUAUUGCCCAAAUUUAAUGAUAGACCAGUCUAUUUUAGAAAUUUAGCAGGGUAAAGGUUAAUUAGCCUGAACAACAUGCCUACUCAUCUGUAUCAAAAUAAAGCAAAACUGAGUGAAUGAACAAACAUUUUCUAAAGAGCAUGUUCUUGAGCCACAUCAAGUUUAACCAAUCUAUAUUCCUGAUGUAAUCACACAGAUAUUGGGGGGCUAAGAAGUCUUUGAAAGUCUUAGGGGGUUCCUUGUUGAAAUCAUUUAAUUCCAUGGUUUUGACGAAAAUUGCUAUGUCAUGGGGAUAUAAAUGCGGAUUUCAAUUUUUGAACGAAAAUUUGUUUUUUGUUUGGAUUAAAAUUCUUGGAUUUACCCAACCAGGAUAUCCACAGAAACAGUCACCCAAGAAUAUUAGUGGCCUCCAUGGCCGAGUGGUUAGGUCACUGACUUUAAAUCACUUGCCCCUCAACGAUGUGGGUUUUAGCCUGACUCGGGAUGUUCAAUUCUUCAUAUGAGGAAGCUAUCCAGCUGGCUUACGGAAGGUCAGCGGUUCUACCCAGGGGCCCGUUCGUGAUGAAGUAAUACACGGAUGGGCACAUGGGGUCUGCCUCCAUCAUCAAAGCUGGAAUGUCGCUAUAUGACCUGUAAUUGUGCUGGUGCAAUGUUAAACCAAACAAAACAAACAAACACGAAUAUUAAUGAUUUCAUUGUAUGUUAUCCUAUGUUCAUGAUUUUUUGUCUCAUGAAUUCAUUCUUUCUGUGAUAUAUAUAUAGAAUAUAGUAUUUAAUUAUAUUAUGUAAAUAAAAUAUGAUUUGCA